AUGCGAUGUUCUGCCGAAGCAGCAAGAAAGGAGGUUGUACGCAUGCGUGCAGACGAAGAGGGUUCUUCUCUUGCUCCAGCAGCAGGUGGUCCUUCGCCUGCUGCUGCGGUUCAGCAACAGGCAGUGCUUGUUGUGAAGAGUCCACGUGAUGAGCCUGAGAUAGGGCUCAUCUACUCUGGUGAAUCGGAUGAUGCAUCCGACUUAAAGGCGACACCUCACGCCUCCGGAUCACCCGGGCGGACACUGCAAGAGCCAGGUUGA